CUUCUUACGUAGAGGACAGUACCGUGUUCGAUACUUGAUUGAAUUGUCAUGUGGCGCGAAAUAACCGUUGUUGACGAGCAAACGUAUAAAUAUUAUUUCUAACAAAUUGCGUACACACGAAUAAAUACAAUUAUGGCUACAUCCACAGAUAUUGCUACGAUCAGAGUACAGAGGUACUUGAACAUGCCAUUGGUACAAAGGUGCAAGGAAAUAGCAACGUUAAUAGAGGAAUCCAGCACAACAGAGUUACAACAUGUAUUUCCAAUAUUAAUAGAUUCACUUUUUGGAACAACAGAUAAUAUUGGUUGGGGUUUACACAGUAUCACUUUUAAGAAAAAUCCACAGGAACAUGAAACACUGUGUAAUUUCCUUAACCCUCAGGGUCCAGUUUUCUCUCUAUGUUAUAAGUUACUACCAGAUUGUUAUUUGAAAUAUAAUUUCCCAGUGCCAUAUUUGCCGGUCAAAAUACGUUCGAUGCUGGAGGAAGAUGUAAUACCACCGUUCUAUCUUGAUAAAAUUAGAGAUGAUCAGAAUACACGUGUUGUGUCGGGUUUAAAUAUGAAUCCCUUUGAAUAUUAUAUCUUUCACUUUGCUUAUCAUUUAACAAACCCAUGGUUGCAAGUUCAGCAACAGGAUAAUGUCUGGGUCAACUGGGAAACAGUUUAUGUACAAUUAGCACAUUGUUAUUUAUAUCAUUUUUUACCUAGAGAUAAUUCCCCUGUUUUGCCAAUUAUUGGUCCAUAUAUUUGGAAAACCCCUCAACGAAAAUUAGUACAAUCACCUGAAUCUAAAAGAGAUUAUUACAGAUUGCAAACUCCGCGAUUGUUGAGAACAUCGAUAUUAUCGCCAGGAUCACCAAAUUCUCCGUCUACUGUACCGCAACAGCAAUGUUUACCGCAAGUCUGGAGAAGCGAGACCGUGGUUCAAGUUUUUCUCGACUUCUGGCUAGAGUAUAUAGAAGAGGAUCAGUUAAAUUCACGAUUAGGUUCAACGUACGUUGCGUCGGUUCCUCGUCGACAUAGUAUUCAUUCCGGAGAACACAUACGUCUCGUACGAGCAUUCAUAAAGACUUUACACGAAUUUGCAAAUAGCGCACUAGGUGAUAAAAGUGCAAUGGACGAACUAAAACGAAUAAUUCUGCCUUCUGUCCAAGGCAAAAUUUACACAUUCCUUCGGAAAGCUAUAUAUCAUUGGCCUCUAGACAGUUCAUUUAGAUUAAUACUUGAAGCAUGGUUAAGCUUUAUUCAACCGUGGAGAUAUUUCCCUGGUAUAUCGUAUACUAAGGAAGGAAAAUCAGAGGAAGAAGAACGGGGAAAGAUAUACGACAUAUGCAGAUGGAUGCCUUUUGUUGUGAAUAAUUUGUUAGCUUAUACAGCAAUAUUUCAACAAUUGCUCCCGCGUUUUAUGAGAACGGAUCUCGUGGCUCCCAAAAAUGCAUUGAUGUUGUUCAGGGUUACCAAAGUAUUCUCGCAGCCUUAUUUAUCGAGAAUGAUAUGCGAAGUAGAGCGCCACAUGGACGAUGUAGGAUUAAGUAGGAGUCGAGUAUCUUCAAAUCAAUGGGCCUCGAUUGUACGACAACAAAUUCUAGAACUCGAGGGACCGACGUACCAAUAUAUUCCAAUGUUUGCAACGUCUACCGCUUCUCAGGUCGUAUGUUUAUUGAGCACGAUCAAGCAAGGACAUUUAACCGCGACUAGUUUGAUCGAUGCAUUGGAAAAUAAGCGAAAAAAUAGACGAUAUUUGAUAGCAAUAUGGGAAUUCUUCAACGGCGAAGACUAUUUCUCGGAUGACAUUAGCAUAGAAGAACGACGUCGAGUUCCUCUAUAUCUGGCAAACGCGCAACAACAACUAAUCGAAAUUUUCGGGAUCAGUGUCGAAGACAUUCCUCAGUUAGCUAUCGAAGCCGACCAAGAGUAUCACGAGAGUAUCCUAUCAACAUCCUUUUGCCAUCAAUCGCAAAUAGAUUCAAGCUUGGAUACAAGUAAGCCAGGUGUCUUUGUACCGAUACAGAAAGACAGACAAUCGUGCCAAUACAUCGAAUAUAUGGGAGAUCCAGAAUUACAGCCAGUGAGAAGCAACGAGUGCGCUUUCCUCGUUAGACAUUUCUAUAAACUCUGCGCCUAUGUAAACGCAAAGUACCAACACAAGAUAGCUAACAUGUACCAUCAGCGUGGUUUCCUCGGCAGCGUUUGCCGACAGAUCUUACAACCACCCACCAAAGUUGUGAAGCUACCAAAACGAACACAGGAUGGGUUCUCCAGCGGGUACGAAGAACGUAUCCCGCCUCGACUGAGUUUACGACCGUUGGCUAAUCAUAGUUUACUUCUGACUGUGUGUUUAGGAAUGUUCAUCGCCUGGUUUAUGAAUUACGGUGCCUUUGCGUUUCUCGGACUCAUUUUUUGCAUAUGGUUCCUAUACAUAAUAAUACGCGCGAUAUUCGAACACUAGACCAGAUGGACCAUCAGCCGAUUUAGGACCAACGCAACAUUUUCUGUGAAUUAAAGGAC